AAUAAAAUAAAUGAUUGGCAAAUAAAUCUUUCGUGCAUUUUCAUCAACCACAGCUCCAUAUGUGUGGGUUAAUAAGCACACCAAAGUCAUAUGCUAAGGUAUCACUGGUAAUUAGGUAUACAGUUUAUUCUUAAACUAGGGCACAUUCUAAACUGAAUAAGCAUUGAACUACUUUACAAAAAUGGUUGGUGGAGUGUCACCAAAGAGUAAAUGUCAAUCUUAUUAAUUUAGAGGCUGGAAGUACACAUCUUGGUUUACCUGUAUUCAAGAAUUGCCAAGAAGCUAAAUCAGCCACUUAAUGUGAUGCAUCUGUAAUCUAUGUACCUCCUCCUACAGCUGCUGCAGCCAUUAUUGAAGCUAUUGAAGCUUAAAUUGGAUUAGUGGUAUCAUACAUUAUUUAAAUAAAAAGGUUGUCAUUACUGAUGGAAUUCCUUAACAUGAUAUGAUUAAAGUUAAACAUGCACUCAGAUCUUAAUCAGUUACACGUGUUAUUGGAGUAUUAAACUAAUAAAAUAAUAUAGCCUAAUUGUCCAGGAAUUAUCAAACCUAAUGAAUGUAAAAUCGGUAUCAUGCCAGGAUACAUUCAUUAAAAUGGAAAAAUUGGUAUUGUCUCAAGAUCUGGUACACUUACAUAUGAGGCUGUUGAUUAAACUACAAGAGCUGGUUUAGGAUAAUCAACAGUUGUUGGUAUUGGUGGAGAUCCUUUCAAUGGAACUAAUUUUAUUGAUGUUUUGGAAAGAUUUAUGGUUGAUCCUGAAACAGAAGGUAUCUAAUUAGAAUAUAUUUAUUAAGGUAUUGUUAUGAUUGGUGAAAUUGGUGGUGAAAAUGAAGAAAUGGCUGCUGAUUGGAUUAAGAAAAAUAAUCCUAAAAAUAAACCAGUUGUAGGAUUUAUUGCUGGUAUCACAGCACCACCUGAAAGAAGAAUGGGUCAUGCAGGAGCUAUUGUAUCAAGUAAAUAUAUUAUAUUAUUGAUUUAAUAGAGGGUAAGGGAAGUGCACCUGAAAAGAUUAGAGCACUUGAAUAAGCAGGUAUUAGAGUAGUGAAAUCACCUGCUUAAAUUGGCAAAACCAUGUUGGAAGUCAUGAAAGAAAAGGGAUUAGCAUGAGUUU